AUGUUGAAUAUUCAGAAAUCCAACUACAUGACAUUCGCUCGAGGAAACCAGCCGACACCCGAUCUGAGCGUCGUGUUAGAUGGAGCUGCAUUGGCAAAGGUCAGGAAGGCGAAGUUUCUUGGCUGCGUCCUGGAUGAGUCACUCGACGCAAGCCUACACUGUGAAGAGCUCACGAAGAGACUGAAGCGAUCCACUUACAUUGUCAAGACUCUAUGUGAACUGGCAGGAGUGGGAAUCGGAAAACUCGUUUACGAAGCUUACAUUCAAUCGCAUCUAAACUACUGCCCUGGAUUCUGGAGUAUGUCGACGAAGAAAAACCUACUACGCCUUCACAGGCAACAAAGCAGAGCCAUAAGAAUUAUCCAGCCAGAUCUCAGCAAGACUGGCAAAAAACUGUUGACAGAAAUGGACAUCCUGCCGCUACCGCUGGCAAUUACGUACAACCUCUGCACCUUCAUUCAUCAACAGCUCACCCACAGAGGCCCGCAAACGCUCGAAUUUUGA